UUUUGCGUGUGCUAUGCACGUAACGACCGCAGUAAUGGUUUGGAAAUUUUAUCUCAAAUGCCUUUUUCUGUCUAUUCUUUUCAAAUUUUGCCAUGGAUCAAAUGGAUGUACACCAUUCUCAGCAAAAAAUUUGGGUUCCCUGAACAUAACAGUGUUGGACUCUUUAAUAGAGCCAAUUAAAAAUAACCUUCCCGUGUUCAACUCAUCUACGGUUCCAAAUCUCGACGCUUUUAUUAAUGACUUCAACGCGGGAUCGGACAGUGAAGACAUACAUCUCAAUAUAACAGAGAUUUUAACAAAAUAUGGAUACAGUCCCGAGCAACAUCAAGUGAACAGUGGCGGGUAUCUCUUGGACAUAUUUCGGAUACCAGGCAAUGGCUCGGUGGUAUUGAUAAUGCAUGGUAUACUAUGCAGCUCAGACGAUUUCGUUUCCACUGGCCCUGAUCACGGCCUUCCGUACCUCUUGGCAGACCUCGGAUACGACGUUUGGUUGGGAAAUGCUCGGGGUAAUGUACACGGCAGGAAGCAUGAGUCGCUCUCUCCAGACUGCGCCGAGUUCUGGCAAUUCACCUUUGAUGACAUCGGUCGGUACGAUGUACCUGCUAUCAUCGACUACAUCUUGAACGUAACCAACAAAAAACAACUCGCUUAUAUAGGGCACUCUCAAGGCACAACUACGUACUUCGUAAUGGCUUCAGAACUUUCCGAGUAUAACGAUAAAGUGUCGGUAAUGAUAGCUUUAUCGGCAGUAACGUAUCUAAGUCAUACACAAAACGAUUUGUAUAGAAUAUUAGCAACAAUUCCCGACAUCUUGGAUUUGCUGACACAAGAUAUUGGUUUGUAUGAGUUGGUGCCGCGUAACCAGAUCACAAAUUCUAUCACGACAACUGCAUGUGGAACACCUGAGUUGGCCGCCAUAUUUUGCGAAAAUAUCAUGAUUUUCCUGUUUGGAGCGGAUUAUACACAAAUAAAUGCAACCAUUUUGCCAGCAUUUUUCGGACACUUCCCAGGGGGUGCUGCUACGAAACAAAUUGUACAUUACGGCCAGUUGAUUAAGUCUGGAAAGUUCCGGCAGUUUGACCUUGGUAUUAUUGGAAAUAUUAAGAAAUACAGUAAACUUGCGCCACCCGAUUAUCCUCUAGAGAAGGUAAGGAGUAAAGUGGUGAUUUUUACGGCUGACGAAGACAACUAUUUCUCUGCGCCUGCUGACCGCGCCAAACUUCUUGCCCAGCUGCCCAAUGUUGUAGAAGUGUACAGAGUGCCUUAUGCUAGGUUCUCGCACAUGGACUUCCUUGUUGCAAAAGACGUUAGAAAAUUGGUCUAUGCUAAGGUUGUAGAAAUUUUAAAUAAAUAUUCUUAGUUGCCAGCAAGUACUUAGGUACUUAUUUAUUUGUAUUCAUGUCAAUAGCAAGAUAAAGAAGUAGGUACUUUAAGAUGUCACAUUCACAUCACACUCAAGUUUCACUCAUGUUUAUGCAUUUGUUGUGUAAAAUUUAAUUCAAUAAAUACCGUCAUUGCUGUUACCCGUCAGAGUCCGUUUUGUGAUUGAAGUGAUUCACAUAAUCCGCACCUUUCGUCGAUUCAGAAAUAGAUCUAGAUUACAAGAAUAA